AUGAAUCUGGACUCCAAGCACCAAAAUCAGCAGCAACAUGUUUUGAAAUUGAAUGGAGUUUGGGUCGCCUAUGCCCACACUUUCUGUGCCUUAGCUGCAUUCUUAUCAGCUUUGAUUGUUGGUGUGACGCUUCAUUACCACAAGAUCGUCCAGAAUGGAUACUAUGGAUAUCCUGAUGAGUGGUUUCCCAGUGUAUCUGCUACAAUUGGUGACAGAUAUCCCGAACGAUCCAUUUUUCAAAUCAUGAUAGCCUUAACAGCAGGCCCCAGAUUUUUACUUUUGUUCCUUUCGUAUCUGAGGCUGAACAAGACUGGCUCUUAUUUGCCACUAAUAGGUCUUGUUUCAGGAAUCUUGAGAACUUUUACUUGCGGCGGAUGGGUUUACAUUACUUCUACCGAUGACCAUGAUGCACAUGACAUUUUUAUGAUCAGUUAUAUCGUGCUGACCAUUCCAUGGACUGUUUGUGUUACCAAAUUGACCGAUAAAUCAAACAAGUUUUUGAAGAACGGGAGGAGGUUCACAGCUGUGGCUUUUUUCGGCCUGUUGGUUCCUCUGGUCUAUCUCUUUAUCCAGCAUAAGGUUCACAGAGUUGCUGGAGCAUACUCCUACUAUGCUUACGUGGAAUGGUCCUUGAUCUUCCUGGACGUUGGAUUUGAUACUUGGUCAGUCGUUGACUUUGAAGAUUUGGAAUUCGAACUUUCAGCAGCUGAGAAUGCCCCACCAACUGUGCUUAAUCUGAGUUAUUUUUCCCAAGAUGAGACAAGUUCCACAGAUGAGAAGGAAGCGGUCAAAGAAAAAUUAGUCCCGGGACAGUAUCCCGUCGAUUCUCUGGUAGGGCUCACAUUUAUUCAUUCAAUUGUCCAGAUUAUAAAUUCCUUUAUUUUUUGGUCAGUUUUCACCGCUUUAUUCUUAUGCAUUUGGCACUUUCCUUUGUGGAAUAUGGGAAUAUCAGGCUACGAGGCUGCUGCUUUAUCCUUGAUGGCUCCCAUCCUACUUGUGGUGCCACCUUUACGGAAUCUUUUUGCAAGAUUCCCACAAAUACCCAGACUAUUAACCGCUUUAUUCGGGGUUGGCUCUUAUAAGUUUGAAGCUCCUGCGGACAGAUUACUAAUUCUUUCGGUCGGAACAUGCUUCGGAUUUAUUUCUCUCUCCAAUGAGAUAUGGACCUUGGGCCAAAUUAGAGAUUCUUUGGCGUUAAGUUGGUACUCGACGACGUUCACGCUUGGUUUGAUUACUUCCUCCAUUGCCAAGUUCGCCUUUUACACGAAUAAUCCUAUAUGGCCUAUCAUGCAUACUGAUAACGGUGGAUUGAACAUUUAUGGAGUGAUUAUAGGUGUUGUAUCUGCCUUGUUGACUCCUUCAUAUCUGACUCAAUUGAACCCCACUGAAAUCUCUUCUGGAGUCUCUAAAGGUUAUCUGUUUCCUGCAGCGGUCGGAGUUGGAGGUCUAAUUUUUUCUCUAGACGCCAUGCUAACUGAUACAUCUACUCUCAUCUUAUGGUGCUGGGAGGGCUAUCCGGUCAGGGGUCCUUUGCCAGUUCCUCAUGGUGUCUUCACCUUUGUCGCAAUGGCAAUUGGUACUUACCUUGGUUUUACCAAACCCUCGCUGGUAAGUUCAUCUUCCUUUUUCAUCGCAGGAUCUGCUGGGGCUGCAGUGCUCUAUGCUUCCAGCGGAUGGAUAGGAUAUAUCGGAGGAUUGGUCUAUUCAAUUUUCCUAACUGGAAUUGUCCCUGUUAUAUUUGCGUCAGCCAGUCAGUUCAACGUGGGACUUGUAUUUGGACUAGGUUUUUUCCUUGCCAUUUUGAUCAGUUUGGCACAUGUAUGGGUAGUUGCCUAUGCUUUUGUUCCAGCUGGAUGGAUAUUGCGUGAACGUACAGACAUUGUGUUAGGAAUAUCUGUUGCUAUGGUAGGAUUGGGUAUUGUUGCUGGAAAAAAAGCCAAUCUUAUCGUAAGGGCAAAGAAUCACGGUGUGGGUACAAGUCUUCGUAAGAGAUUGACUAAGAUUGCAGGUGUAUUGUUGGUUUUAUCGGCUGUUAUUUCAUUUAGAAGGUUGAAUUUCGAAAAGCCACAACCUUACCACCCUGAGGACAAACUGCUUACUGCGGGUAUAUGGACUAUCCAUUUUGGACUAGACAAUGACAUGUGGGCUAGCGAAGGUCGCAUGAGAGACUUGAUUGGAGAAUUGGAGCUAGACGUGGUUGGAUUGUUGGAAAGCGAUACCCAGAGAAUAAUCAUGGGAAACAGAGAUUUGACCCAGAAGUUAGCUGAAGAGCUUGGAAUGUAUGCCGAUUUUGGUCCCGGUCCUAAUAAACAUACAUGGGGUUGUGCUCUUCUUUCAAAGUUCCCUAUCCUGAAUUCUACACAUCAUCUCCUCCCAUCACCCGUGGGAGAACUUGCACCAGCAAUCCAUGCAACGUUGAAUGUUUAUGGAGAACUGGUAGAUGUGGUGGUAUUUCAUAGUGGACAAGAAGAAGACGUGGAGGAUCGAAGAUUGCAGAGUCUGGGAGUUGCAGAUAUAAUGGGCUCGACAGAUAGACCCAUGGUGUUACUGAGUUACUUGGUGACCAAGCCGCUGAAAGGUAAUUACCACACGUAUGUGAGCGAAACUAAUGGAAUGCACGAUAUCGAUUCUUCUGAUUCGGAUAGAUGGUGCGAGUACAUCUUGUACAAAAACUUGAGACGGACAGGGUACGCCAGGGUGAGUCGAUCGACGAUAACGGACACAGAGUUGCAAGUUGGAAAAUUCCAACUCCUAGAUGAAGGAGAGAAGGUAAACUACUCGGAAAAACGAAUCAGGGAAAGCAAGGUCCCCAAAGGGCUGCAAUUCCCUCGUCAGUUUAGAAAAAAUGGUGUACGAGGCCACCGAUACCAUGUAUUUGACGAACCUCGGUACUAUGAUAGUUAG